AAUCCUGUCUCUCAGAAUCCUCUCCAAUAAAAUUUGCCACCCUCCAAUCAUCUGGCACUACUCAAAUGCACAGUGAGAAUGCAAACAUCAUCACCAAAGCUGCAGCAAUCUUUCCCCUUACUUCCUGCAGUAACCUCAGGUAUAUCUCAUCUGGCCCGGGGACUCAUCUAAACUCAUGUUUUUCAAAAUUUCCAGCACAUCCUCUUUCUUAACAUUUUUGAACAGAGUGGCGAUGAAUGAGGAUGGAGAGAAGCGAGGGCUGCCGGGUAUGUCAGUUUUCCCACUUAAAAAGGGAUUUACCUCGAGGCCCGGUCAGGCCCCCAUUUUGAACAGAGCGGCGAGGACAGAGGGCGGAGAGAAAUGAGGGCUGCUGGGAAGUUUUUAAGUGGUUGAAAUCUAAACCCGAGAUCCUACACCGUAGUACCUCCAUCCCAAAGUCUGUAAACUUGUCAGAAGCAUUUCUUUGCAGUCACAGUGUGAAUGUUGCGGAUGGACUAUUACGCUCCUCCAAGGGAAAUACAGCUGCGAACAGCCACAGAGAUAUCCAGGGAAGUGGUUGACAAUCAUUCACUGAAUGGAAGGGAUGGUGUGCAGGAUUUCCUGUUGAGUUUCAUAGAUCGCAUUCCACAAAUGAAAAAUUUCAGCAAGGAGCUAUGCGAGAUAGCCAAUCACAUUGACGCGUGUCACAGAGAUGUGAACAUUGCCAAGAUCACUGGGUCUUCAGCAGGUGUUACAGGAGGAAUUCUGGCCAUUGGUGGAUUAAUUUAUUCUCCUUUUACUUUUGGUACAUCGUUGGCUCUCACUGGGGUGGGAAUUGGGCUGCGUGCAGCUGGUGGUGUCGCUAACAUUGGAGCCUCUAUUACUGAUCAUGUUAAACAAAAGAAAGGCUCUGGAAGGUUUCAAGAAAUCAUAGAACUCUAGAAAGAAGACAGCAAAAUCAUGUCAGCGAACCCGCGUCAGGUACAGCAGAGAGUUACAUUAUUGAUGGAAAACAGAGAGGAGCCUAUAUCCAGAAGCAUAGUGAUUGGUGGAACUCAGGCUGCUGCCAAGAGCUUGAAUACUGUUCUUGUGACCUCAACUGUGAUCGAAAAUGCUUGAAGAGCAGCCAAAGCUGUGUCAGGGGUUCUGUCAGGAGUUCUCGUGCUGUGGGACAUGUAUCAUCUAGUGAAGGAUGCAACGGAGCUUAAUAAAGGAAGUAAGACUCAACUGGCUCAGGAAAUAAAGAAGGCAGCUGACACUACGGAUGAGAAAAUAGGGGAGUAUGAAAACGCUUAUCGAGAAAUAGUGAAAGUUGCAAGUUUCAACUGGUGAUGGGUGAUUAGCGAAAUUUCAAACCGCCAAUAUUUGUACCAACUCUCCCCAAAUCAUUUGAAGUAUUUCUCAUGCUUUGAAGAUUGCUACAUUAAGGGGAAAACAUUUAAACAUGGGUGUGAAAGUUAACUAGUCUCAGGAAAUGCUUUUCUUAUCUCUAAAAAUCCUAAAAGAAAUAGAUUACCUGCAAGAUAUUAGUUAAAAAGUGCUAUCAGUAUGAGAAGCUGUAAAACUUUACGUAUAACUAUUAUAAUAGGAAUUAACAUUUUUAAUCUUACAAUAGUUGGUUAGAGCCAGUUGUUUUUUGUAUUUUUAUGGAUAUAGGGGCGGGGGGGCAUGGUGCAGGUGGAAAAUAUAAGAAUAAUAAGAGAAUUUGAUUGAGACAGCAAAGGAAUACAAGGGGCAACAGAUUCAAACAGUCCUGAGGGAUAAGCAAGUCUGGACAGGUCCAAAGGAGUAUAUCCAGGAACCUUGGACUGCAAAUUAAUAGAUGCAUAAAAGGAUUCCAAGGCCUGGAGAUUCUAAUGUCUGUUAAACACUGUGAGAUCAUGUGAACUUGGGGCUGUCCAUUGGAAUGCCCAUCAUUGUUUAGGCGUUUCACAAUAGGGGGCUGGGUGUAUUGAAUAAGGGCAAGGUCACAGUGACCACAUUGUAUAUGAGGUUUGUAACACAAAAUGUACAAAAAUGCUGUAUUUUACUGUAAAAACCAAUGUCUUUGAGCUGAAGAUUAAGAGAAUGAUCAGGCUCUUAUGAUGAGGCUGGAUUCGGAGAAGAUCUUUGGUCCUCUCUCUGCAUGAAGUUGCUGCUUGAACAGGAAUAAAGUCUGCCACAUAACCGAAUCCUGCCUGCUUUCUGAGUCUUUGUCCUUGGUCUAGAGAGCGGGGGUGGGGGUGGUUACGCUCCAAAAACAGCAAACUUAUCACCUUGCCUGGUUCCCCUCCAUAUUCACAUCCUUUCACUGUGGAGAUACAGAGAUGAGGGUGCAGCACCU